AUGGAGGCCUAUGAACAGAAGAUCUAUGACAUUUUACAUGAAAAGUUUACCCCGAAGAAAUUAGACGUCAGAGACGUCAGUGGGGGAUGCGGCUCCAUGUUUGCUAUUUUGGUGGAAAGCGAGCAGUUUAAAGGGAUCCCCAUGAUUAAGCAGCACCGUCUAGUGAAUGAGGUGUUGAAAGACGAGAUAGCCAAAUGGCACGGGCUUCAGUUGCGGACCAAAGGGGUUUGA